AUGUUGAGUCUCGUGAUAUCUAUGAAUCUGUUAAUAAUUUACAAUCAGUUUCGCCAAUGUUUAAAAAUGAUCCAGUUUUAUUUAUGAAUAAAUCAAUCACACCUGGAUUGAAGUUAAUUCAAUUAGAAAUGGGUCCAUGCCAACCAGUUGCUACCGAUUUACCCAAUGGUAAAUUUCCUAAAGAUGAAUCAAAUCCACCACGUUCGUUUUCAACAUCAUAUUAUACAAAGUUGGUUAAUGGAAAGUCUGAACAUCGAUCGUGGAUUACAUACUCGCCUUCAAUUAAUAGAAUUUAUUGCUGGACAUGCAAACUGUUUGGUUCUAUUAGAGCUCAAAAAAACUCUUUUGUCACUACAGGUUGCAAUUCAUGGGGACAUUUAGGUGGUUUAUAUGGUCGAAUUCAUUUACAUGAAACUUGUAAAGAUCACUUAGAAGCUGAAUUAAAUAAAAUAAUGUAUAUAAAUAAUAAUCGUGUUGAUAUUCAGUUAAUGAAUUCUAAUAAUAAGCAUGUUGCAAUGAAUAGAGCAGUUGUGCAUGUAUUAAUGGAUAUAGUGUUAUGUUUAUCCAAACAUAAUGAUGCAUUCAGAGGCCAUACUGAGUGUUUAACUAAUGGUACAAGUGGAAAAUUUCUAGAUUGGGUCAACGUUUUUGCCAAACAUCAUACAAUUUUAGCUACACACUUGGAAAAUAUUAAAUCAUCAAAAAAAAAACAAAGAUUGACAUAUCUAUCUAAAUCAUCACAAAAUUCUAUGCUCAACUGUAUUGCUGAAUCGAUCCGUGAAACUAUUUUAAAGGAAGUGAAAGCGGCUGGAAUGUAUUCACUUAUACUGGACUCUACAACGGAUGUGUCAAAGCUCGACCAAUUUGCUUUUGUAUUGAGAUAUUGCACAAACGAUGGGCUUAUAAAAGAGCGAUUAAUUUGUGUUGAUGAAACAGUAGAUUCAACUGGAAAUGGGAUGUAUGAGUUAUUUUGUAAAGUAUGUGAGAAAUAUAAUUUAAAUUGGAGGCAUGAUCUGAUUGGACAAGCUUAUGAUGGGGCAUCUAAUAUGCAAGGAGCUGUAAAAGGAUUACGCUCAUUAAUACAAAAUGAAAAUAAAAGUGCACUACAUGUAUGGUGUAGUGCACAUUGCUUAAAUUUAGCGGUUGUUGAUUGUUGUGAAGCAACUGAAUGUGCACAAGACUUUUUUGGUACAAUUAGUAGUUUGGUAACAUUUUUAGGUGCCAGAAAGAGAACCGCAACAUAUGUAGAGUUUCAAAAACAAUUAUAUAAAAACCAACGUAUUCGUAGGUUAAAAAGUUUUUCUGCUACGAGAUGGACAUACCAUGACCGUUCUCAGGGAUGGGCAAGAUACUCAAAAAUCAGUAUCGAGAUACUAGAUACUAGAUACCUGGAUUUGGAGUAUCGAGAUACUAGAUACUCGAUACUUGGCUCUAGAGUAUCGCGAUACUAG